AUCCGAUGCUUUGUUGCACACUGAGUAGAGGUAGGAUGGGGGAAGGGCCCGAGCUGUGCUUGAGAGCGACAAACUUGCAUAUGGCUCGCUCUGUCGAAGGGGAAGUGUGACAGGACGAAAAGGGAUCUUUCACAGGACAGAAGCGCAUACCGUCAGGCCCACGAUGAUAUAAUUACGGAAAAGGGGAACACGGGAGGACAGCCAGAGUUGGCCCGGCGGAGAUGAGCGGGGCCGUGAUUGUGGCGAUAUACCGACGUGUUGUGCUUUUGUUGUGCUGCUCGCUUGAGCCAGUUUGAUUUUGAGACGGUAUCCCAGUCUCGGUCUAGCCCUUGGCUGUUGAGAUUGUUCUGAAAGGAAAAGGACAACAAACAGGGGAAGUGAACAUGGCUGGGACCUCAAGUUUCUUUUCCAACGGACCCGUUCCGUGGAUUGAGAAUGACACGGAGAUGAACAAUCUAUACCGGGAUCUUGAGUUGGGGACCGUUUUGACUUUGUUUUACUCCAAAAAGUCCCAGCGACCAGAGAGAAGAACAUUUCAGGUCAAACUUGAGACAAGGACAAUUAUCUGGACCCGAGGAACGGAUAAAAUUGAGGGGGAAAUCGACAUCAGGGAGAUCAAGGAGAUCCGAACCGGCCAGAAGUCCCGUGACUUUGAGCGCUACGUGGAGGACUCGGCCGCUCGGCUGGACCAGGCCCACUGCUUCGUCAUCCUCCACGGCGCAGAGUUCCGCCUAAAAGCUCUCAGCCUUGCAGCGACGUCUGACGAGGAGAUGACCAUGUGGGUGAAGGGGCUGACCUGGCUAGUCGCAGACACGCUCAAAUCUCCGACCCCCUUACAGAUUGAGAGGUGGUUACGGAAGCAAUUUUAUGCUGUGGAUCGCAAUAGAGAGGACAAGAUAUCCUGUAAGGAUCUGAAGAGCAUGCUGAGCCAGGUCAACUACAGAGUUCCCAACAUGAAGUUCCUCCGAGAGAAACUUCCGGACUCUGAGUUGAGGAAUGGAGAUGUGACCUUUUGCCAGUUUGCACAGCUCUAUCGCAGCUUGAUGUUUGACGCCCAAAAAGCUAUGGACAUUCCUUUUUUACAGAGGUUCAUUGAGCGACCCGACCAGAAGAUCUUGUUAGAAGACUUCAAGAGCUUCCUUCUGGAGUCCCAGAAGGAACUCUGGGCGACAGAUAACAACAAGGUGCAGGAAUUCAUGUUUGGUUACCUGAAAGACCCACUGAGAGAGGUGGAACAACCCUUCUUCCACCAAGAUGAGUUCCUGACGUACCUGUUCUCCAGAGAGAACACCAUCUGGGACGCUGCCCUAGACCAGGUGGGCCCCGAAGACAUGAACAACCCGCUGUCUCACUACUGGAUCUCCUCAUCUCACAACACCUACCUGACGGGAGAUCAGUUUUCCAGUGAGUCGUCCCUGGAGGCCUACUCGCGCUGUCUGAGGAUGGGCUGCCGUUGCAUUGAAUUGGACUGCUGGGAUGGUCCUGAGGGAAUGCCUGUCAUCUACCACGGACACACCCUCACCACCAAGAUCAAGUUCUGCGAUGUCCUGAUGACUAUUAAGGAACAUGCCUUUGUGACGUCUGAGUAUCCAGUCAUCCUGUCCAUCGAGGACCAUUGCAGCAUUGUCCAGCAGAGGAACAUGGCGACCCACUUCAAGAGAAUCUUUGGAGACAUGCUGCUCACCAAGGCUGUGGACAUCUCCGCCGACGGACUGCCCUCGCCCAAUCAGCUGAAGAGGAAGAUUCUAAUCAAGCAUAAGAAGCUAGCGGAGGGCAGUGCGUAUGAGGAGGUGUCCACCUCCACUCCCUACUCUGAGAAUGACAUCAGCAACUCCAUCAAGAAUGGCCUUCUGUUCCUGGAGGACCCCAUCAACCAUGAGUGGUACCCUCACUUCUUUGUACUAACCAGCAGUAAGAUCUACUACUCAGAGGAGACGUCUAGUAGCCAGGGCAACGAGGAUGAGGAGGAGCACAGAGAGGUGUGUAACGGAAUGGACCAGCAUAUAACUGAGAAGUGGUUCCACGGCAAGCUGGGUGCGGGUCGGGACGGAAGGCAGAUAGCCGAGCGCCUGCUGUCCGAGUACUGUUUGGAGACUGGCGCUCCCGAUGGGUCCUUCUUGGUCCGCGAGAGCGAGACAUUUGUGGGAGAUUACACACUGUCCUUCUGGCGUUCAGGCCGGGUGCAGCACUGUCGUAUCCACUCUCGUCAGGAGGCGGGCAGCCCUAAGUUCUACUUGACGGACAACCUUGUGUUUGACACACUCUUCGCCCUCAUCACUCACUACCAGCAGGUGGCGCUGCGCUGCAACGAGUUUGAGAUGAAGCUGACUGAGCCAGUGCCCCAGACCAAUGCCCAUGAGAGCAAAGAGUGGUACCAUGCCAACCUGUCUCGGAGCCAUGCGGAGAACAUGCUGAUGAGAGUUCCACGUGACGGGGCGUUCCUUGUCAGGAAGAGGGCAGAGCUAAGCUCCUUCGCAAUCUCAUUCAGGGCGGAGGGGAAGAUCAAACACUGCAGGGUGCAGCAGGAGGGCCAGACGGUGGUGCUGGGGACGUCAGAGUUCGACAGCCUGGUGGAUCUCAUCAGCUACUAUGAGAAACACCCCCUCUAUCGCAAGAUGAAGCUCCGCUACCCCAUCAACGAGGAGACCUUGGAGAAGAUAGGGACUGCCGAGCCAGAUUACGGGUCUUUGUACGAGGGGCGCAACCCUGGGUUUUAUGUGGAAGCCAAUCAAAUGCCCACCUUCAAGUGCACAGUGAAGGCCAUGUACGAGUACAAAGCGCAGAGGGACGAUGAGCUGUCCUUCAGUAAGAACGCCAUCAUCCAGAACGUGGACAAACAGGAAGGAGGCUGGUGGAAGGGGGAUUGUGGGGGGAAGAAACAGCUGUGGUUUCCUGCUAACUACGUGGAAGAGAUUAGUCCUUCAGCUGUGGAGACGGACAGAUCACAACUGACGGAGAACAGUCCUCUGGGAGACUUGCUGAGAGGAAGUGUGGAUGUGUCAUCCUGCCAGAUUGUGGUGAGGCCAGAGGGUAAGGGCAGCAGGCUGCAUGUCUUUUCCCUCCUCCCGGCUGCCUCUCCAAGGGCAGGCCAGGUCCUGGACAUCGCUGCCAGCUCCCCGGAGGAGCUCAAAGAGUGGGUCCAAAAGAUCAGAGAGGUCACCGUGACAUCAGAGGCCAAGCUGGAAGAGGGGAAGAUCAUGGAGAGGAGAAAGAAGAUUGCCCUUGAGCUGUCUGACCUGGUCAUCUACUGUAGACCUGUGCCAUUCGACGAGGACAAGAUCGGCACAGAGCGGGCGUGCUUCCGGGACAUGUCAUCGUUCCCAGAGACCAAGGCGGAGAAGUACGUGAACCGUAUCAAAGGGAAACGGUUCCUGCAGUAUAACCGGCUGCAGCUGUCUCGGAUCUACCCCCGCGGACAGAGGCUGGACUCGUCCAACUACGACCCGCUACCCAUGUGGCUCUGCGGAUCUCAGCUGGUCGCACUCAACUUCCAGACCGCCGACAAGCCCAUGCAGAUGAACCAGGCCCUGUUCAUGUUGAAUGGGAGGAGUGGGUACGUCCUCCAGCCACCAAUCAUGAGAGACGAAAGCUUUGACCCCUUCGACCGAAGCACACUCCGAGGUCUGGAGUCAGUCACGCUGCAGAUCGAGGUGCUGGGUGCACGUCACCUGCCUAAACAUGGUCGCGGCAUCGUUUGCCCGCUGAUCGAGAUCGAGGUGUGUGGUGCGGAAUACGACAGCGCCAAGCAGAAAACCGACUCGGAGGCGGAUAACGGUUUGAAUCCCACAUGGCCACGGAAAUCUUUCCAGUUCACUGUGUGCAACUCUGCAUUUGCCUUUCUGCGCUUCGUGGUGUACGAGAUCGACAUGUUCAGUGACCAGAACUUCCUGGCCCAGGCCAGCUUCCCUAUCAACGGCCUUAAAACCGGUUACCGCUCCAUCCCUCUCAAGAACAGCUACAAUGAAGACCUGGAGCUGGCUUCUCUGCUGGUGCACAUGGACAUCACCAGGGGCCGGGAGGAAAAUGGGGAGGUGCAGAGCUCGUUCCUACCGGUAGGAGGCGCAGCCGCCACAGUGGUUACUCAGACUGGGCGCGAGCGCCUAGGGGAGACUGGCUCCACAUCUUCAGCCUCCUCUGUGUCUCCGUCGUCCCAGUCCCCGGCCGCUCAGACCCAAAGCCAGGCGUCCCGGGGCCGGGAGGGCUCAUUUGAGGCACGCUACCAGACUCCGCUGGAUGACUUCAGGGUGUCCCAGGAGGCCCUGCUGGACCUGGACCCCCAGAACAGGAGGUACGUGUGAGGGGAUGAUGCGCAGGACCAGAGUGGGCGGAGAGAACCGCGUGUAGGCCGGACCAAUCGCGGGGUGCAUUCAGUGCGCCCCGUGCCCUCCUCCCCCAGACUCUCCCCGUACUGACGAUGUCACUGUCUGCUGUGAACACUGUUUCUAUGGAAACGCCCACCACUGCUAUGGCCUACAUUUCGGGCCGCUCUCCCUCCCUCCCCCCUCUUUCUCCUCUGUGCCCCUGCCCCCGCCCCUCCUGGAGUUAGAGGCAAACUGUGUUGGAAAAGGUGGCGGCAUAAGGGAAGCAGUCCAUCGUAGACAGGAAAGAGAAAAAAAUCCAAAAACAAAAGACGUUUCAGAGCUCGGCGAAGAUGCUAGGAGAGGGAGCGAAGCGCUGAAGUUGGAGGGUUGGGGGGGGUUGUAAAGAUAUCAGUUUGAAACUGUUUUCCAUGUUAGUCUUGUUUUUCUCCUCUUCUCUCUUGACAUAUACAAGUAUAUAUAUUUAUUCCUGCUGUGCUUUUAGCCAGACAACUACAGCAGACAACCCACUCUCAAAGAGUUUGUCUCCAUGAUUUUUUUUAUUAUUAUUUAAACUUUUAAACAUUUGUAAUGUGAUUUUUUUUUUUUCCUUCUUAUGUGUUAAACACGAGGUCCCUCUGUGGCUAUCUUAAUGUGUAUUUUCUCCACAUUUCUCAGUGGAGGAACUCGAGCCUUUAUACAGAUUGACAGUACCUACACACACACAGGCUUUUCUUACUUUGCCAAAUUUGCGUUCUGAAAACGAUGUGUAAUUCCUCUGUCCUGCCUUGUGAUGUCAAAGCAGACGCUCUUUAGUAAUAGUAUAAACACUCAAGUCUUGUUCCGCAUUGAAAUGACACCCCCAUUCCACGCAUAACCUUUAGUCAAAAGGUUAAGCACGUAACCUUUCCGACGAUUAAGAUGUAAUCGAUUUUGUGUGUUUGGGCACUGCACUGCUUUUGGAAUUGGCCGGACGAGGGGUAGACCGGCUGUCCUGGAAAGAAUAAGCGAAGUUUGCAUUUGUUGUCUCUAUUUUCAACGUGGACGUUUUUGAGCAGGGUAAGGAUGGAGAAAAUGAAGUAACGCAGGAUGCGGCGUGUUUGGUUCUGCCCAGAACAUAGAGUAGUGGCUUGUGUUGAACGAGCAUGGCUGCAGUCACUGGGUUUCCAGUUUCAUUUCAAGCAGGAAUGUUACAGAGGUCUACGAAAGACAACAGUUGUCUUUGUGUAUGUGUAAAAAUAUAUAAAAAAGGGGUCUAACAUUCCUUGCUGGUUGUGAGCAUCUUGAGUGCGCGUACAUAAACCGUAUUAGAGCAGAGUCAGCGAACCAAACCAAGUUCAGUAUUGCCACACAGGAAAGAACUGUUCUAUAGACCGUUUGGAUCAAAAGGCUGUACCAAAAUGUUUUCAUUGUAGGUCUGUGUGGGACUUUUGUGUGCAGCAUUCCAGUUUCUCCCGAAGGGUUUCUGAAGAUUCUUUCAAAUCAGCUGUUUGCAAUACAGCCCUGUAGAGGCUAAGAUAUUGACAAUGCCACAUUCUUCAGUAUUGCCCAGAAGGGGUCUAAAUCAUUGAUCUGUAGUGACAUGACUUGGCCUGCAGGGGUCGUAACAGCACAUUUUGUGCACAACAUUUCCAAAGCGUGAACUGAUCUUGUUUUUCCUGAAGGCUGACUCGAUCAGUUUCCCCUUGAUUAUCUAUCUGCCUGAAUACGCUAGAUUAGUGUCCAUCAGCAGUCUGUUUUAAUGGAAGCUGCUUUCUGAAAACAACCUAAGGUUAAUCCCAUUAGCCUUUAGCCCAUAAUGGUUUAGUCUUGGAGUAUGGGGCACGAAUGACUCAAUGGUGAUUAUCCUCUUUUAAUGUUUAAUGGGGGGGGGGGGGGGUAUACGCAGGCCACCAUUUCUGUGCAGGUAGAUACAUUGUUUCAAGGCGGUCCUGGAAAGUGUUUUUACUAGUUACUAAGGAAAUCAGGGGACCCCAGAGAUGACCGUUCUGUGCACGAUUCAACCGCUUAGAAUAGGGCCUGGAAGAGGUGUGUGCGUGCAUGCGUAUGUGUGUAUGCAAAUGCCACCUUUUUCUGUAAAAAAGAAAUAUGUAGUAUUCAGAAUGUUUUGCCAUUAAGGGGAAAAGCCUUUUGAAGCCAUAUGGAUUGUAAAGCUGAAAAUGGGUCGGAAUCUGGCCAACUUUCUUCUCCUUUGUCAGCCUUUCAUAGGGACAUUGAGGGAUCAUGACAGCUACAUGUGCUCCCUCUUUCCACACAUGAAACGCAUCGGUUGUCUUUGGCCACGCAGCUCCUACAGUCCACCAGUGUCUCCCGUGUCCAAAACUAUAUAGUUACGUUGUUUGUUCAGAAAUGUUGGUUUCUUUCUUGUCAUUUUUUAUUUUUCUUGACUCGUCACAAUUUUUGUUAUGGGUGGUUUCAUUAAACCAAGCCUUUCUGUAAUGUGCCUAAGCUAUGGAGUGCUCGUUUUAAUUUUGCCUUUCAUAUGCAACAUAUUCAAGCCUGAGAAUUAAAGUACUUAUUAAACUAU